AUGGCAUCCAUGACAAUGGCUUCCUCGUUCCUUGGUGGCUCCGCCGCUAUCGCAGUCACCAAGCAACCCUCUACCACCGGUCGCCGGGGAUUGGUGGUGAUGGCCAAGGCCUCAAAGGUAGCCGGAGUUGAGAACACUGUGGUGGAUGAGAAGAAAGAAGGGAGCAGCAUCAAUGGAAGGAGGGACAUGAUGUUUGCAGUUGCAGCAGCAGCUGCAUUCUCCAUGGCUAAAGUUGCAUUGGCCGAUGAUGAAGAGCCGAAGCGUGGAACUGCAGCUGCUAAGAAGAAAUAUGCACAGGUCUGUGUGACGAUGCCCACUGCACGCAUUUGUCGUAACUAG